CGGCGUCAUCCUUUGCCUGACCGCGUUGGAAGCAGGUUGAGCUGCGACUCGUCUGGGCCGGGCCGCGGAGUCGUCUCACCGCCCAACAAGCUCAAACAGCGCCAGCAUGGGCCCGCUCGGUGACAUAGCAAAGUUGAUGCGGGGCAAAGGACCAGGUAGCGUCAAGAUCGACAGCACGGUUUUCCAGCUCCAUUAUAUGCUCACGACACGUCUGUUUUGGGGGUUCUCCAUCCUGGUGACAGCCUACAGCAUGAUAGGAAAUCCCGUCUCCUGCGCCUGCUCUCAGUGUGGGUCGGAGUCAGUGCCCUUGGACGCGAUGAACACCUACUGCUGGGUCACAGCCACUUACACCGUGACCAAAGAUUCCAAGAACCGGUUCAAUGCAGAUGGCGGGAUCGGGCCGCACACGGCUGAUGACCGCAACUACCAGACAUACUACCAGUGGGUGCCGUUUACGCUGGCGCUGCACGGCGUACUCUUCUACGUGCCGCACUGGUUGUGGAAAAUGGCAGAGGGCGGCCGGAUCGCGACCAUGACCCAGGACAUGCGCCUGCCCGUGCUGGACCAUGGCGUGCUCAAGGCGCGUGUCCGCACCCUGGCCGUGUACCUGCGUCAAACACUCGGCUCUCAUCAGAGCUACUUCGUACGCUUCGUUGUCUGCGACGCUCUCAACGUCGCUAAUGUUGUCAGCGCCAUAUUUUUGAUCGACCGUUUUCUCAACGGGAAGUUCCUCGACUUUGGAAUUAUUUCGGUGAGGUACUUGAGGCAUGCUGGAGAGGAGGUAAGUCCGUUCACAUCCACGUUUCCUAAGCUGACUAAGUGUGAGAUGAGGCCAUACGGCACCUCAGGUUCAAGACAGACCAUCGACGCCCUCUGCGUCCUCGCUCUGAACGUGCUGAACGAGAAGGUGUACCUGGUGUUGUGGUUUUGGCUUAUCAUCCUGUCGGUCCUGACCGUGGUUGCCUUCGUCGGCCGAGUCUUGCUCAUGCUGAUCCGUGGCGUCCGCGUGCCCAUGCUGGAGAGCAAGGCCCGCUCCAAGUUCAGCCCCGACAUCCGCAAGAGCGUGAACGCACUUGAGAUAGGAGACUUUUUCCUGCUCAGCCUAAUGGCCAGGAACAUGGACGCCUCCGGCUUCAGGCUCCUGCUCAAAGAGCUAGCUAACGGUGAUUGUCCAAACGGCCUCCUGGAAAAUGAAGACCAGGGCCCCUUGGAUGAAGAAGGUCCGAUGAAGCUCACAAAAACGUCACGCAACAGGAUGAAGGAAUGCGAUGAUUAGAUUAGUACUCUCUGCUUUGUGAAGGCGUAGGCUGGGGUUCACCGUUUCUGUGCAAGAACGGAACGGUCACACCUUGCGAAUGAAGUUUACAAUUGUAUGCUUCAAGUUCAGGCGAGGCAUUCAGACCACUCAAAAGCUGAAGCAUACAUUACAUAUUUAGGACGCGGUCGGAAAAGUGACAGGAACUGAAGCAUGAUAGCCUGCAAGGCAACCAUGCGCUGCUGAGCAUGGCUUACUUUUAGCUCUCUAGUUGCGCAACGCGAUGUGUAUAAUAUAACCACUAGGCUCGUUAUACUAGCUCUGCGAAUUUUUGCAUGAGACAGCAAAUUUCAUUCGGUUUUCGUAGACGUGUGCAAUUACCGCGAAUUUAUCGCAUGAUCUAUGCUUAAGCAACGGCUGGAUGCCAGGCGCGUCGUCGUACAUACUCAGAUAUAUGGCGUAAUCCCUGCAGAUUCGCUAGUGUCUAAUCCAAAACGGGAUUUCACAUCGUGUGCGUGCUUAGCUUAAAGUGCUAUAAAACGAAGUACGGGUGCAGUUUUGUGUGCGCGAUGUCUCGAGAUGGGUUUUCCAGUGGCGAAUACUCCGGAUACCGCACCAUCUCGACACCUUCGAGCUUAAUCUGGGGUGCGUUAGGCUGCAAGUGACUAUCGUGCAGAAAAACCGUAGGGCACGCAUUACUGGAGGCCGUGUGUUGCAAAACUGACGUGGUUGAACCGACAAAGACACGUAACUGACCAUCAGUCGCGUUUCCAUCGGAGUUGGACCACGGAGUAUUAAGGUCAGUAUCAGCGGCGUUCAGUGGUCCAUUUUUUAGUGCGUAGUGUGGCUGUAUCAUUCCGUUAGUUGUCCAAAUAAAUGCACGCUUAUCUGAUGCGAAAUCUCGUCACGCUGUUCAUCAUGUUCACGUCGUUUCCAACUGUCACAUCGGUUGUUCUGCAAGCAAACCGUCCUACAGAUACCUGGUGUGGAAAUAUUAAAUCGGACUUUUCUCGGUGACACAUGUUCAAUACGUCGCUAUUGAGUAAACAUAUGAGAAGAUUUCAGGGGACUUUCCCCUUCAGUUCACGACUGUCUUUACCAACUGUUCAAGGCCGUUUUUAGCCACCUGUUCACGGCUGUCUUUACCACCUGUUCACGGCUGUCUUUACCACCUGUUCACGGCUGUCUUUACCACCUGUUCACGGACUGUCUUUACCACCUGUUCACAGGCUGUCUUAACCACUUGUUCACGGCUGUCUUUACCACCUGUUCAUGGCUGUCUUUAUCACAUAGCUUUGUGUUCUUCCUUCAGAUGGUGCAUCUUUUGCUCUUCUGCAUGUUUGCUGUCGUUUAUAAGGUAGUGUAUGGCUAUUGAUGUACCCAAAAUCAUGAAGCAAUCUUUUCUGCGAAGUCGUUGCGGAAGAUCAAGAACACGAAGGAUGGCCUUUCAUGAUAAAUGUUCUUAAAGACAGCCUUGUUCGAAAAUGUGAUAGAAAAUGAUGUGAUAGAAAGUGAUGAGAUAGAAAAUGAUGUGAUAGAAAAUACAAAAUA